AUGUACGGUCCAUAUUGUGAUACGAAUCAUUUGUUGACACUGACCGUACGUCCGAAUCUUAAAAUACGAUUUUGCUGGAAAAAUGGACUUGAACGGGAUUUGGGUUCACCAGGGGAUUACGUAAUGCAGGUGCUAACAUUGUAUGCCUUUACACUGACGUGGGCCGCGUGGACAUCAUCGACUCUAAUCAUGGGCGAGGCACAACUUGGACAAGUUGCGCCGAUUGAGGCUUGCACCAAGGAAGUGAGUUCUAUGGUCUGCAAAAAGCGUUUGUUGCGCCGGCGUUUGGUGGAUAGCCGCUGGUUAUAUAACAAUAUCAAUGUGGGUGAGUUGCUCAUCGACUGUCGGUCGAGGGAACAAAGUCGAACCAACACAGUCCUUGGAGCUAUUAACAUACCGCCACCGGACCACGACAACGACUGUACCUAUGAUGAAUACAUUGAAAAUCUAGGGCUUUCAACUUCUAAGCGCAUGCUCCGCGAUCUGUUGCUAUUUUCAAAUAACCAAGACGUUAGUAGCCCCAAGUCGUGGUUAUACAAGCUGGAGCAGUUUCUUAUUGAAGAUGGACGAGCAGCAACCAUCAGAGUGCUUUGUGAGGGUUUUGUAGUGUUCCAAAAACGCUACCCGUUUUACACAUCUUUAGGCAUCGUGGAUGAUGGUGUACUGCUUAGUGGUAAGCACCAGGUGUCCUAUCCAAACGAGAUUGUUGACAGCUUUCUAUUUCUCGGAAAUAUGUGGCAAGCGCAGUGCAAACAAGUUGUUCAGCACUUGGGGAUCACUCAUGUUGUAAAUGCAACCCGUAAGGUGGACAACGUCUUUGAGAAUGAGGGCGUCAAAUAUUUCAAUGCCAGACUCGCUGACAAACCUGAUGCAAAGAUUUCGAAAUUCUUUGAUGCAGCAUGCGAAUUUAUAGCGCAAGCGCAGCGCUCGACGACUGUGGAUGGCAAACCCUGCAGGGUUUUAGUACACUGUACGCAGGGGAUCUCGCGUUCGUCAACCCUAGUUAUCGUGUAUAUAAUGCGUGCAUACUACUGGUCGCUUGCUCAAGCGUUCAACUUUGUUCAUUCUGGGCGCGGCGUAGUGGUCCCAAAUCAAGGGUUUUUGCGAGUUUUGCUGCAAGAAGAGCGGCGGCUGUUCCACAACAAGUGCAGCGUAGCAGAAGACGAGCUUGAUCAGCUAACUAGCGGAUUUUACCCGAGUCAACCAGCCAAGCGAAAGCUGCCUUUCAACGCUGGUAUUGCUUGGGUCUCACUCUCACGAGCGAGACAUACACGAAACUACUGA